AUGCUGAAUUUAAUAAUUACCGCUGAUGAUUACGGCUACAAUUCUGAAAGAAAUCUCGGGAUAAAAUAUUGCCUUGAAAAUGGGGCCGUUAGUAGGACAUCUGCCAUGGUCAAUGGGCUGGCCUGCCUGAGUGGGAGAGACAUUCUCAACAAUCUUCCAAAAAAAGCCACCGUAGGUCUCCACUUGAACCUGACUGAGGGACGACCACUACAAUGCCACAGUUCCUUGAGACAAUAUGGCUUUUUCUCCAGCAAGCAAAGUUUAACAAUGUUGCUAGAUGAUGAUGAUGUCAUCAAGAAAUCUGAGGUCAAGUCAGAAAUCAUCUUACAAAUCAACAAAUUCAAAGAGUUGUUUGGUCUCUAUCCACCAUAUGUAGAUGGUCAUCAUCAUGUCCACGUCUUUCCAGGUAUUGUCAGAGAUGUUUUGGCGAGUGUGAUGAGUGAAUUGAACAUCAGAGAGGUUCGAAUGCCUCACGACGGCACAUUCGACGAGGCACGCGAUGACGCCACGCUCAAUGAGACUGCAGAUGGAUCGUUGAGGGAUUUCUUGAUGUCAGUUAAUACGGAGGCAGAAAAGGCCAAGAGCGUUUACAAACAUCAUAGCAUCAAAUUUUCCGACCACUUCUUUGGUCUGUCCACCAUGGGUUUGAUGAUGACAGAAGAUAAGAUAAAAAAUAUCUUACUAAAAAUGAGAAGCGAAGCAACAAACUCAAAAACCCCAAAUAAGAUAACAACGUGUGAAUUGAUGGCCCACCCAGGCUACCCAUGCACCGACCCCACCAGAGGGGGGUGCGGUGAGGGAGCUGAUCAGUUUGCACAGUCAACAGACAGGCUUCACGAACUCAAUGUUCUCAACAGCACAUCCCUGAAACAAUUCUACCGCGACAACAACAUCCAUCUGAUAUCAUUAGUCUCAUCAUGA